AUGGCGUCUGAGGAUAUGAGGAUCACUGAGGCUGCGAACUCUGAUGGGCGCGACCUCAAGUUCCCGCGCGCCAUGGAGAAAGGAGACGGCAAAGGCGGGAAUGGCAACUCAGACGUGUCUCGGCUCUUUGAUAUGCUCACCAACAUCCAGCAUGGUCAAGCCGCAUUAGCCACUAAAGAAGAUAUCCUUGGAGUGAAGGCUUCGCAAGCGGAGCACGACACCCAGCUCGCUGCCAUGAGUGAACGCAUUGCAGAUCUGGAGGUCAAAGCUCAGUCCAGCCAUGCCGAAGCUGUCGCAGCCGCCAAUGCCGAGGUGCAACGUGCCAUUACAGUCUCCAUCGAGCAGGUGAAGAAUGACGCGGUUCACAACUUUCAGUCAGCGUACAGUAUCAUUUUCGACUCGAAUUCCAACGCGAAGGGCUUCCUCACCAGAGCCCGCACCCUCGGUGUAACAUGGGACGACCCGACCAACCGAGCCACCAUCAAGCUGAAGAUUCGCAUGGACGCCCCGCCCGAGAUCAGGAAGGUCAACCGCGUGCUCGGCAUACGCUGGUCCAAGGUGAUGGAUGUGGCGCGCAACACGAACAAGUGGAAUGAUUCAUACAAGCUCGGCGCCCAAGGCUUCCGUGAGAAGCUCUGGUUGAUAUCUGGUGACGAGACGGCCGAACUAUUCGAGGUGAAGGGCUCUGACAGCGGGCAGAUGGACAUCAUGCCCAACACGGAUGAGCUCAAGAAGCUUGGCUUCACAGACGCAGUCAUCGCCAGCACCGUCGACGGCAUUUUGCUGACAUUGUCGGGUCUCAUCGAGAUGUCGAUGCGCUACCAGGUCGAAUUCGACGGCGGCGUCGUCAACGCGGGAGUCGUAUUCACAGCAUUGUACUCCACAACCAUGCACAUGCAGCACAAACAGUCAAUAUUCAUAGUGACCCUGGGUUACCGAUUCGGAGUGGGCGUCAGCAACUGGACCGAGUGCGGCAUGCUCUUUUGCCGCGAGCGCAGUGUUCAGUAUUUGUUUGUGGAGACUUUAACUUCCCAGCUGCUGGCGAAGGCAGCUGUCAGUUAUCAGGUUGAGCAGCCGCAGUUUACCCACAGGGUGGAGGAAUCUGUCGAGGGCCGCACGGCCGCCAAGUCGCUCGCUCGUCUGGAUCGCAUUUGCACGAGAAUCCCUACUGGCGUGUUGCUCGAUUUCGCGCCAUUCUCGGGCGUCCUUGGGCGCCCUGCUGACCCCAGCACACUUUCUGAUCAUGUACCUGUGCAUGUAGUUUUGGCCCCCAAGUGCCCCGACGGGAUCCUCGCGGUCAAGUCCUGGGUCACCAAGCAUCCUAUGUUCCCGAAGGUCCUGGGUGAGAUUCUGGAAGGGGCUGGCCCGCUCUCGGGGAAUCCCAUGGAGGCGGUGGAGGAAGUGAGGGGGGGCAUCCAGGCGGCAUCAAGGAAGGUCUUGGGCAUCUUGGAACAGCGCGGUGCUCAUUCGCUCCCAGAAUACGUGUCUUGGGCGUUGGCUACUAUGCGGGCCGAAAGAUCUGGGUCUCAGUCUGUCUUGAGGCGUGCCGUGAAGGCGUACCCCAGGCUCCUGCAGUUCUUUGACGUUGAGUCCUGUCGGUUCUCGGACUUUGUAGGCUUCCAUCACCUGCUGGCCUCGCUCAAGCGGCAGCAGAUCGAUGGCCAGAUCGAGCUUGUCCAGAAUGACCCCGACAUGUCCCAAUCGCGGAAACAACAAAAGACCAACACGUUAUACACCUACCGAUUUGCCUUGACAGCUCGUGGAGCUAGCAUUUCGUUGCAGGCGAUUGCGGACCCGCUCGGGGCGCCAAUUUUUGACCCGCGUGAAGCCUUUGCAGACGAUGUCGGCCUCGGGCCAGGAGACAUUGUCAUAGCCUUCUUCCUUGGCAUGAGCGUGUGGGCCCUUGCUGGCCCUGGAUUUCGAUUAUACGUCAACCUGGGCAAAACUGUAGUUUUCCUGCUCGGUAUGAGUCAGGCUGAUUUCCUGGCCGCGCUGGGGUACCACGGGCACCACUGGGACCAGCACGGCCGCGGCAGCAACGGCGGGGCGAGCUGGCGCGAAGGCCACGGGGACAGGCACGACUGGGGCCCGGCGCCGCCUUGGCCCGGCUCUGGCAGGGGCGGGGCGCUGCACGGCGACGACAUCGGGGAGGGCCAGGAACGCGUGUUCGGGGAGCAGCGGGUGGCGUGCCUCACGAGUGACCAGCUCGUCCUCGAGGACCGGUACAAGCGGUUAAGCUACCACCUGCACAGCGUCGUGGACGAGGCCGACGCGGGCAAGGAGUGCGACACGUGCUGCCUCGUGGUCUUCCUGCACGGCAUGGGCCAGUCGGAGUGGCGGCUCGGCGAGCAUGAGGUGCGCUGCGGCAUCCACCGGCGGCUGCGGGCCGCCGCCCCCGACGACUGGCGAGGUAACCAGACGAUGCGGACGCUGAUACUGGAGCUUUCCCUGCACAGCAAGAGCCCAACAUGGGUCGCUGGAUGGGCCUGCGGACCUGUGACGGGGACGAGGAGGGCUCCUGGGCGGCCAACUCGGACUACGACUGGGGCUUUCUGGACGUGCUGA